AUGGAUUACAUGGCCAUUACUACGGGAUGCAUUGCCCUGAGCAAUGCCAUUUCGAAGACAUCCGGCGCUAUUCGAGCAUUCAUCCGAGAGGUACGCGAGUCUCGCUCUGAGCUGGACGUCAUAUCGGGCGAAUUGCAUUCCCUUGACGGUGUGCUUGACCUGCUCAGAGACGAUGCUGCUUCAUUUCCACCAACACUGGCGCACCGCACACCAGUCCUGCUGGACCGUUGUGUUGCUAUUGUGAACGAACUGGGAGGUUACAUUUCGACGAUCAAUGCUGGAGGGCUUUCGAGACAUGACAAGAAAUUCCGCUGGAUAGCGACCCGGAAACACAUGGCCAAACUUCAAGAGACGUUAGAAGUGCACAAAUCGUCCUUGGGUCUUGCCUUGGAUGUGGUUGGACUAACCACGCCUCGCAAUGGCAAGGGAGCUGUUUCUGGAAAGAAAGAAGCUCCCGAGAGUCUAGCUGAUGACCCAGACUUGAAGAGCGACGUUCUGAGGAUCAUUGGUGAGAUGAACCGAUUAACAGCAAAUAUUGCGCGAGAUUCACAAGCGAAUGGCGCUACGUUCAGUCUACACAACUACUUAGAUGCCGUGCAGGCCUACAGCGUUUCCCUGGGUGUCAAGUUCGAAGCUGAUGAUGGCGAUGGGAACGCUUCCUCAGUUGGAGAUGGACCAGACAGUGCAAUCGAAAUGAAUGAAGAGGUGAUGUUUCCAGUUCUACCUGACACCCUACCGCGCGACGUCACCCUUUCCGUGGAGGAAAUCGAUGAGCUUUUGGACGAGCUCAAAGACACAAUGCCGAGUCGACCUCCAACACCCCCACCGAAAGCCCGAGCGCGAGCGAACUCGACUCGCAGCUCUGUUGUCUCGCCGAUUGAUUACCGCCUCAAUACCCCGGAGAGCGAAGUCAGAGACACUCGCGCAGGACGACUGUUUGGACAUGUGCGCAAUGCGCUGUCUAGUGCGUCAGAGAGGACAGCAGCAGAGCCACCACCGCCGAUUGCGCGCCACCCUCCGGGCCUGGUACGACGAGGCAGCCGUCGUCUGUCGUUCACACUGAAAAGCUUGCCCCAAUGGAAGUCAAAUGGCCCAGCUGAGGAAGAGAAUCCGGAACCAGAUACGGUGUUUGGAGUCUCACUAAAGAAGAGCAUGCAGAUUGCGAAGGGGACAGUUAAGACCCGCCAUACUGGGAGCGGCUCGUCUGCGAGAGAUUUCCCUUUAUGCGUCUACAAAUGUUAUUCCUUCAUCAAGGAUGAGGGAGUUGAUGCUCAAGACAUCUUCGGCGAAGGCGGAGAUCCAGAAGCAUUGCAGAAGUUGAAGGAGAUGUUUAGCACUGGUCCUAAAUAUGGUGAGGAUAUGGACUGGAGCGAGUUUGGUGUCUACGAAGCCGCCGAUCUUAUCCUAUUAUAUCUUGCACAGCUCCCGAAACCAAUCAUUUCCGAGUCCGUGGCCAAGCGCUGGAUCUCGCUCUCUAAGCAAGCAACAAUGCCGGGUUCCCACGCCAUUCGCUUAGAACAGUGCAUCGACUUCUGGGAGGAAGCGCUUGGCGGAGUUCGCGGACCCGCUCGCAGCUUGUUCAAGCUGCUGCUCAACCUCUGGGGAGAUAUCGCCGACGCAGCCGAUAGAAAUGAUAUGACAGCAGAACGGUUGGCUGCCCGAGUUCUCAACCCCCUCAUGCAUCUGCCGGUUGGCAAAUACGGUACUGACUACAUGCUUGGUCUUGCUUUCCUAAUUCGAAAACGUUCCGAAUACUCAAUGCUGCUGCAAGGCGACACAAGGAAGAGUAAUGCUGCGUUCUAA